AUGACCGGGCAGUACUACACAGCCAAAAACAGCCCCGCCACGGGCAUGUUUAACAUGCCCAUGGGGAAGCUGCAGCGCCAGCUGUACAAAGGGGAGUAUAACAUGUUCAAAUAUGCACCCAUGUUUGAGAGCGACUUCAUGCAGGUCAACAGAAGAGGAGAAAUGAUUGAUGUGAACAAGCGCCCCCAGAUGGUGACAGUGGCUGUUGUUCGCACCAGCCCCAGCCUCACCCUGCCUGAUGUCAUGCUGCUGGCCCAGCCAAGCACUGUCCCUAGUGCCAGUUGUGGCCCUGCUACCCGGGACAAACGCUGUAAUCCCACAGAGGCCUUGGAGCUAACCAGGAUGUUUCCCCUGAAGCUUGUGAAGAUAAGCGUUCAUAACACCCUGAAACAGCAGAUCCACCUGAAGCUCGUCACGGGCCGCUCUUUUUACCUUCAGCUGUGCUCCUCUUCAAAUAACAAAGAUCUUUUUGUUCACUGGGAAAACCUUGUUUACCUCCUGAGACCACCAGUGGAGUCUUACAGUGGGACCGACCCCAUGCUAGCUGGGAAAACAAUAGGCUUGCGUGUGUCUUUCCACGAGUACCGCAGCCCAGUG